AUGCCUGGCUGCGUAUUGCAGGCCGCCCACCAGUCACAUUUUAGCGUCACAAGUUUCCAGGCCCAGACAUAUUUGCACUUGACAGGCCGGUGUGGGGAUCAAGACGAAGGGAUGGAGGAAAUCGGUGUGAUGUUCUUACUUGAGGAGCUUUUCCUUUCUGAAGACGAUCCCAGCAUCACAAACUAUUUGGAGCGUCUCCACCCAUUGCUGGGAGUCACUACUUACAACUACCUUGUUAUUUACAAGUUUUUGUUUUUCGAAAAUAAACCACGAACUGCUAGUACGAAGCCUUUCGUCGUCGAAUCUGAAUCUUUGUUUUCAGAAUCUUCGCAAUACCAAUACCUGUGUGUAAAAUCAUGUACUAAAAAUAAACCUAGCGAUUCAUAGAAGUAUUCUUGCACUUCAUCGCUAAUAUUGUCCGUUUUUCAUUCUCCUGAUUUUUUUGGUGAUGCAGCCAGGUCCAGAAUCUUCAGCUGCUGACCCUGAAAUUAUGUUACCGUUUUUAUCAAGGGAUUGAGUACAACUUCCGCGGUAUGAUGAUUUUCCAAAUGCCUAUCUAUCAAUUUUCAUGUAGGAAAAAGAAUGCGCUGAGUUGUUGAACAAUUCGCAAGCGGUUUUCUCGCUCUAGCAGGACGAGACGGCGUCGGCGCACCAUUUUUUUCCAAGAAUCAAAGUUUCGUUGCGCUGGUAGAAAUUAUGGAGUACUACUUCGGAAUUCGACUACUGUCUGCAGGUCAGGUGUGCUUUCAUCAACCGCAACCGUCUCUCCUGUGGGCAAUACUAAAAUUCAACUUUAUGUGACUGAAAAUUUUCAUCAUUUUUUUCGUUUCGCGCGUACUUCUGUUUCACCUCUGACGGGCUCAGGCAGUAGCAAGAGCGAGCGUCUUCGCAUGAUCAUGUCAAGUCGCGGCAGGUGCUCCUACUGGAAGACAAACACAAGUUUGAUUGCGCACCGCUUUUUAUGUUCAGCAAUUAUAGGAGUAGCAUAGCAUCUACUUGGGUUUAAAGAAACAGCAGUGUAAAAAUGAACCAUGAUGUUUUUUCGUUUUUACGCAAACGGCGAGAGGGCCUGUUAUUCCAUAUGCAUAUUUCUUUUCACAAAAUGUCUUUUCUCAACACUACACCAUAUGUUUCCUCCUGCACAACUACAUAAGAAUGCCUUGAGCGGAUUUUUGACAGCAUAUAGCUACAUCAAAAUCCGAGAUUUCAGACUUCUGCUGUUGUACAAGCACUCUGUCAUGAUCCUCAGGGCCAUCAUCAGGAGGUCUAUGAGCAGUGAUUCGAUAAGCAAGGCUAUUCGCAGGCAUUUCUGCUUGCAUCAU